GUUACGGAAUGGAACGGAAGCCGCAAGCAUGACUUCAAGGAAGGACUACGUUGUCUACGCCCCUCUCCCUCCGAACCCCAACACCACUGCCCAAAAUGUCAUCGUCCUCCCCCUCUACCACCCACCACCUUCGAAACGCCGCCGUAUCUGCCAGUUUCUCACCUCCUUCACAGCUCUUCUCCUCGUCUCCCUCACCGUCUACUUCCUCUACCCCUCCGACCCGACCGUCCAACUCGUCCGCCUCCGACUCAAUAACAUCGGAGUCAAAUCGUCCCCCCAACUCACCCUCGACCUCUCGUUCUCGCUCACCGUCAAGGUCCGCAACCGGGACCUCUUCUCCUUCGACUACCAGUCCAUGGCCGUCUCGGUCGGGUACCGAGGGAGAGAGCUAGGGAUCGUGAACUCGGAUGGCGGGCGCGUGAGGGCCAGAGGUUUGUCGUACGUGAACGCCACGCUCGAUCUCAACGGGUUCGAGGUGAUCCACGACGUUUUUUACUUGCUUGAAGAUUUGGCCAAGGGUGUGAUCCCUUUUGAUACUGUUACGGAGGUGAAUGGAGCAUUAGGGUUCUUCUUCAUCAAUAUUCCUCUCAAGGCAAGAUUAUCCUGCGAGGUGUAUGUAAAUACAAACAACCAGACAAUUGUCCACCAAGAUUGCUACCCGGGGUGAUGGAGUGGAUGCCAGUAGAAUAUAGCAAAACUUUUCAAUGACGAGUUGGGAGCUGAACAUAUUGAAAGGCCUUGGGACCAAAAUGAAGUAUAUAAAUUUGACAUAAGCCUGUUUAGUCUUAUUGGAGUGGUUUAUAGUGGCAUUGGUUUAGGUGUUGAAUCUUGGCAUUCUAAUUUUAGAAUACAGGUAUCUUUUGUCGAAAUUCUCUUCUUCUUCUUCUUCUUCUUUUUAUUUAUUAUUAUUUUUUUCCUGUUCUGUACAAAGGGAUGGAAUGGAUUGUCUUUGUGAUAUGGUGCGACCUGUUCUGAAUCUCUGAAAUAUGUUAAAGAGGAUA